UACAAAGCUGAUAAUGAACUUCGAUUUUAAAAAUGUAUAAACUCAUAUUCAAUACAAUUAAUCUGUUAAAAGAAGAAACAUAAAAUAGUUGGAACAUUAGUGAAAAUAAUUUUCAUCAUUCCGGUUAAUAGAAAAUUGUGCAUAAAAAUUGUAUGUACUGUACCCGGCCUGGAUUAGGGUAACAGUGAACUUAUGUGAUCAAUUGCAUUCAUAAAUUUUGUACAACAUAUCUAUUACAAAAAAGACCAUAUUCCUUCCACAUCCGCAGUUGAAAAUUCACUGAGGAUUCGUAUAAAAAUGGACAUGAGAGUUGUGAAUUACUAAGACGGUGGUAUGUUAGAACUGUUUCAUCUCCCUCUUCGAGGGAAUAUUGCUUUUGUUGUAUUUAUUUUGAAUAGUACUUGUGUACUACUAUCACGUGCUGCAGCAUUUCCAGAUUGGACUGAUUGUCCAGUUGUUUGUAGCUGUAAAUGGUCAUCAGGAAAAAAAUCAGCAUUUUGUCCAGAUGCUGGUCUUACAUCUCUUCCCGCAUCACUAGAUCCAGAAAUGCAAAUACUUGAUUUAUCUGGCAAUAGCAUACCAAUUUUAUUGAACGAAAUUUUCAAACGUGCUGGACUGGUUAAUCUUCAGAAAGUUUAUCUUCGUAAUGCUGGUAUUCAAGAGAUAAAUUCGGAUGCAUUCAAGGACAUGCGCAUUCUUAUCGAAAUUGAUCUUUCUGAUAACAACAUUGUACGUUUAGAACCGAACACGUUUUUGGGUAAUGAAAGACUUAAAGAACUUACGCUGAGUGGCAAUCCUUUAGUCACAUUGGAAAGUCAUCAGUUUCCACUUCUCAAGCAUCUUCGUAUUUUAGAAUUACAACGAUGUUCACUAACCCACAUUCAUAGCCAUGCGUUCAUUAGUCUUUCGGGCUUAGAAUCUUUAAAGCUUGAUAGUAAUUACUUGACUUACCUAGAAGUAUCAACGAUUUCUUCAUUAACGAAUCUCAAAACUCUAACAUUAGAUUCUAACAAAUGGUCAUGUGACUGUAAAUUAAAAAAUUUUCGGUCGUGGUUAAUUCCUGAUAUUCCACGAAAAAUAUAUUCAGUUUCUCAGAUCUGUCAUAGUCCAUCGAGACUUCAAGGUCGUCGUUGGGAAGACAUUAAACCAUAUGAUUUUGCUUGUGAACCUGAAGUUAAAAUUUUUGCCAGCUCAAAGCAGGAAGAUAUUUACGGCAACUUUACAUUAUCUUGUCUAAUAACCGGAGAUCCUAUACCAUCAUUUUGGUGGAAUUUUAAUGGCAAUCCAUUAAAUUUGUCUAAAACGGAAUUCACUGCUUCCUCCGUUGUCGGCAUUAUUAAUCAAACGUCUUUUCUCCAUCUCAUUACAAAUUAUACUAAUAAUGAGUAUAGUUUAUCAAGAAUGUGGAGCAAUAUAACAAUUUAUAAUGCAACUGAAAAUAACGGUGGCCAAUAUACGUGUCAUGCUCUUAAUAUUGCUGGAGCAGCAAAUGACAUAAUAAAUAUUGUUGUUCCACGAGUUUUUAUUGCUCCAACGCUCUCUCAAGAUGAUAACUGGUUUUUAUGGAUUAUUUUUGGUUGUGUUGGAGUAAUAUUUCUUUUUACGACGGUUUUACUCUCAUUAUUUUAUUUCUGUAAUGAAGCACGAAAAAAUAAUCGUCAUGAAAAAGUUAAACUGCAGAACAGUAUUAGUUUUGGUGAUCAAGAAAAAAAAUUAUUGGAUUUAUCAGUAACAACUAAUAUCGGAGCAAGUGGAACCGCAAGUGAGCCAAUCAGCGGAAGAGAAAGCUUAACGAAUACAUGCAGCUCUGCUGAUUUUGAGCUCACCGAACGACCAUCGAUUUGUGAUGCAACAACUGUGACAGUUGAACGAUUGAGAUCUGAUUAUAAUAUUUCCUCUAAUUUGAAAAAUCUUCCAUGUACAAAUAUUGAGUUUCCACCUCCCCCUCCACAAUUCACAAAUGGGAUUUUACCAACAGGAAUUUUUGAGAACAUAUUUAUGUCUAUGGCACUCUCGCAAGAAACAGAAAGAUGUUAUCCAGAUUUACUAGACAUUCCUGUUCACACAUCAUCAGUGGUUGAUAAAUACAAUUCUAUAAACCCAUUGAUCAAAAAUUCGAUUAUAUCAAACUUCGCUACAUUACCUAGAAGAACAAGUAAAUCCACCGACAUUGGGCCUCACUAUGAUAAUAUGGGUCCCCGUAUCACUGCCACCGGAAGCUCAACAUUUUCAUUGACAGAAAAUUAUGGUAUGUCAUCCUCCCCAGCUACCAGCGUUAUAAAACCACCUAUUGAAUUUGUUUCUCUCUGAAAAGAAUAAUUUUAUGUGAUUUUGAAUACACUAUGGUUGUUUGUUUAAUGCUUGUUUGUGCGAUAAUUGAAUGCAAGAAAUCAGAGAAUAAACAGCUGUUAGGAGUAAAGAUAAUGUAAAUAAUAAAAAUAAAGGUUAAUAAAAAAAUGUAUUAAUAUACGAUGCAAGAGUAUUAAUAAGUUU